CUGAAAGUGACGUCACUUCCCUGCGCCCACAGCCUAAGAGCGAGCUGGAUGUUAGUUAGCGACGAUAUUUUGGAGCUAACGCUUUAAGUCAUGGCGUCUAAAGCAGCGAAAGGUAAAAAGGUGGUGAAUCAGGAUGAACUGCGGCGGCUGAUGAGGGAGAAGCAGAAGCAGAAGCAGGGCGAGAGACAGAAACGUGUGGAGUCUCCGUACGCUAAGUACAACAGCCUGGGACACCUGAGCUGUGUGCUGUGUAACAUACAGGUCAGGGGACACAUCCUGUGGCAGGCUCAUGUCCUCAGUAAACAGCACAAAGACAAAGUCUCAGAGCUCAAGGGCUCUCACAACAACCCACAAACAUCCACACUGAAGAGGAAAGCUGCAGAAGCAGAAGUGCAUGAUGGGAAAAAGCCUAAAGCAUCAGGGGCUGAUGUUGUUGUCCAGGGUAAGACUGCUGGACCAGGACCAGGGCUCGUACUUCUGGCUGGACAAUACGAUGACAAAGACGACGACGACGAUCAAUCAGCUAAUUCAAGUAAAGGUCCAGCUGAUGUAAAGCAGCCGGAUCCUGCAUCUGAUGGACAACUUCCUGCUGAUUUCUUCGACAGCAGCGUCCCCGAGAUCCCGUCCGUCCCGUCCGCGUCUCACUCGGGAUCGAUCUCCAAAGCCGAGGUUGAGAAACCCGUAGAGAAGAAGGACAGCAUGGCGGAGACGAUUCCCGAAGGCUUCUUCGACGAUCCGGUCCGAGACGCCAAGGUGCGAAACGUCGACACUCCGAAAGACCAUUUGGACAAGGAGUGGGAGGAGUUUCAGAAGGAAAUGCGCGCGGUGAGCAACGUCUCCGAGGCCAUCGUGGCCGAAGAGGACGAGGAAGGGCGCCUGGAGAGGCAGAUCGACGAAAUCGACGAGCAGAUCGAGUGCCUGCGCAGAGUCGAGGUGUUGCGCACCAAACGGGAAGCCGUCAAGGACAAGAUGAUGACGAAAGAGCGUCGUCUUUCAGGAAGUGGUGGUGGUGAUGGAGAAGAGGAGGAGGAAGAUGAGGAAGAACUGAUGAACGUGUUGGGCAGAGACUGGAGAGCCAAAGGAGCGCUCGCGUAGCGUCAGGUCUCUCCGCACUGCUCUGAUUUGUCUCAGUGAUGUGAUUUAGAGCUCAGGUUGUUCUUACUGUCUGACUCUUGGCUUACAGUUCGAUAUUAAAUAUUGUGGCUUCACAUUAUGGGAAUUUUCACAGUGUAGACGACAGACAUGAUUGUAGCAUCACAGCAGUUUCAGUUUUCCAGCUCAGAGCGAGUGUGUAAGUAAGUUGUGAUGAGUAAAAGCUCAACAGUAACCUGAUUUUACCCUCUGGAUGAAUUUCUGUAGUAACAACUCAAAAACGAAAAAAAAAGAAAAUCUGUGAUAAACUACAUCUAUGUUGUCUUUUGUAAAAUAAAUAUUUUCACUCUA